UUCAGUGAAAAGCAGAUAGAUGGUAGUAAAGUGGUUAAAAGUGGGAGCGAGUGGGCUGUUUACCCACACUUUAGCAAAAUAUCACGCCAACUUCGUCCGCGUCUGUUAUCCAUACAAAACAACGGAAUGGUGUGAGUGUCCAGCCGGGAGGAAAACCACUCUGAUAUCUGCAUCCACGGCAGCAACGACUUUAACUUCAACCAAGUUUACUUGGACAUUUUCUGGAGACUCUGCAUGCUGCGGAUUGAAGCUGACUUCCUGUGGACGGCUUCAUAGAGAGGAAAACCUUUGUGAAAAGCAGGAGAAAGGCCUGUCUGCUCAUCUUCCUCAUACUGGAAGCUGCAGGAUAGUUACAAAAUGGCAAGAAGAUCCCUCAUUCCCCUGUUACUCCUUGCAAUAUGCUGCCUGGCAUCUGCAGGGCCUUUGUUUCGCAGCCCAUGCGAGCUGCUGCCGGUGGGGAUGGGACACCCGGUGCAGGCCAUGUUGAAGAGCUUCACCGCCCUGUCAGGCUGUGCAAGCAGGGGCACCACCAGCCUCCCUCAGGAGGUCCACAUCAUCAACCUGAGAGGACAUGCUCCAGAGGGACCAGACAACACUGCGGCAGAAGUUGAGCUGCAUCUGAAGCCCAUCCAGUCUUUGUUGCGCCACCAGAAGCCACUGGUCUUCGUGCUUAACUCCCCCCAACCACUGAUCUGGAAGAUCAAGACAGAGAACCUGGCCCCGGGCGUUAAACGUACCUUUCAUGUAUCUGAGGGCUCAGAGGUCUACUUUCAGCCAGGAAACAUCUCCCUCUUCUGCCAGAUCGAGAAGGAGACCCUUCCCAGUGGCAACGAGCACCUCCUCAACUGGGCCCAGAAGAAGUACCGGGCAGUCACCUCUUUCUCUGAGCUCAGGAUGACUGAAGACAUCUACAUCAAAGUCGGUGAAGAUCCAGUGUUUUCUGACACCUGCAAGAUUGAUACCAAGUUCCUGUCUCUGAACUACCUGGGCGGCUACGUGAAACCACAGACAUCAAAGGGUUGUGUCCUGUCUGGGCCCGACAAAGACCGAGAAGUCCACAUCAUUGAGCUCCAAGCCCCAAACUCCAGCAGUGCUUUCCAGGUGGAUGUCGUAGUGGAACUACGGCCUCUGGAGGAUGAUGCCCCGCUGCAUCGUGACGUCAUCUUGCUGCUCAAGUGUGCCAAGUCUGUCAACUGGGUCAUCAAGGCCCACAGUGUGAUCGGCAAGCUGGACGUAGUGGCCUCUGAUACUGUGAGUGUUAGUUCAAACACAGAGAGACUGAUGCAAGUGUCAAAAUCCCCCAAGCAGCACUUGCCAUUGGGUCCGCAAGCCCUGAUCAAGUGGGCAGGGGAGCAUGGCUACGGUCCAGUCACGUCUUACACCAGCACUCCUGUGGCUAACCACUUCAAUAUCCGACUCAGAGAGCCAGAUGUGGUGGAUCCUCUGGAGAGCAUGUUUCCUCCAGAGCUCUCCAUCCUGCACGACACCAGCCCUCAUCCAGGAGCUGCUUCACGACGCUCCGGUCUGCCCUUUCCCUUCCCUCCACCGGUGCCUCUGCCCCCCUCCCUUGAUGAUCAGCCUUGGGAAGACAGAGAGUUCGAGGAGCACCAGGGAUCUCUGAGUGUCGGCCUCAGUGUGCAGUGUGAGGAUACGAGGAUGGUGGUCAGCAUCGACAAAGAAAGCCUGCAAGCAAAUGGGUUUACUCAUGCCAACCUCACGCUCCAAGACCCAGCUUGCAAAGCAACAGUCAAUGCCACCCACUACACACUGGAAACUUCUCUGACUGGCUGUCAGACCAGCGUCUAUCCCCUGCAGGGUAGCCCAGUGGCCCUCCACAUCAACUCUGUUUUGAUAAGUCAUGCUGAGACUAAGGAUGGGAGUGGUGGGCCGACGGAUUAUGAGGAUCUGGAAUCUGGAGACCUGGUGUUACCGAGGGAGCCAGUGGAUUUAGAGAGGACAUUUACGGAGCCCACAGAGCACCAGUCCGUCAUAGUGUUCAAUUGCACAUACCGAAAGAACCAGGAAACCUCAGAAACACUUCCCAGGAUUGUACCGGGACCAGGGAGGCAACCGGUCAGCAACAUGACGUUCAACAUGGAGUUGUACAACACAAUGCCAUUUAUUAACCCCUCACGCCAGGCCUUCUACACCGUUUCACAGAAUCAGCAAGUCUUUGUGGAGGUUACAUCAACCACAUCAGAUCCGGAGCUGGGUUUCACCAUCGUAUCGUGCUUCAUUUCUCCUAACUCCAACCCCGCCGUGCCCUCAGAGUACACUCUCAUUGAGACAGUUUGCCCGAAGGAUGACUCCGUCAAGUACUAUCCUAAGAGGGACUUCCCUGUUCCUCACAUACAGACGGAGAAGAAAGGUUUCAGCUUCAUCUUCAAUUCAGACUUCAACAUGUCCCUACUUUUCCUGCACUGUGAGAUGUCUCUCUGCUCCAAGAGAUUCCAUAGCAACCAAAGACUACCACCGUGCUUACAACCCAGUCAGACCUGUGAUUCACUUACCGUGGACAACAUCCUGGUGAUGAUGAUGAACUCCAAGAUGUCAACCAAGCCGCUGGUUGUGGUGGAUGGAUCUGGUCAACCAGACGAAACAACAACCCGAAGCCCACCGGAUCCUCCUAAUGAAGAAAGCACACUGUACGUGCUGGACACUCCGACAGUGGUGGGCAUCGCGUUUGCAGCCUUUGUGAUUGGGGCUCUGUUGACCGGAGCCCUGUGGUUUAUCUACUCCCACACAGGUGAGACAGCUGGCACACAGCAGGUCCAGAAGUCCCAGCCCGCCUCCGAGAACAGCAGUGCGGCCCACAGUAUCGGCAGCACGCAGAGCACGCCCUGCUCCAGCAGCAGCACGGCGUAGCCCAGGACGUGACCCAGCGGGGACGUCGUGGCACAGGAAGAGCCCAGUGGUUCACAGGGACCGGUUUGUUGAUCUCCUUCCAUGAAAGGAAUUUUUCUUUUGGGGGAUGCAAUAGGAAGGAAAAACAUAUGAUAUAAAAAAGAAAGAAGACGACACACAAUAACACCGUUGGUCCUUGUGCAAAUUCCUUUUGUGCCACUUAAAGUGUGUGCAGACAAAUAUACUGUCCUGGUGUUAUUGGUCUGUAAUAGUAGUGAGCCCCAGCUUGGCAGCCUCACCUCAUAUCUAGUACAACAAAACUACAAGAAACAAGUUUAUACCAGGCAUUUAUUUUGAAUCCAAAUGCUGCUUUUUUCUGACCACAACACAGCCUUUUGUUUCUGACCUUAAAUGGCGUGAUCCAACUGCAAGGAAAGCAAUCAGGCAGCAGUGAUGUCAGUAUUAGUAAGUGAGAUGUUGAUGGCUGGACUAUAACACGUUACUUUAUGACAUGCAGCCCUGCAGAUGGCAAAGGGAGCGAAGCAACCACUAUUAUUAACAUGCGGACAAAAGUGCAGUAUGAGCAAAAGUCGUCAUCUUGACACAGAGAGAUAAUGGCUUUUAAAAGACAGUGUAGGUAUUGAAUGUAUACAGAAGAUUAAACGCCAAAAAAUGUGAAAGUUAAAUGUGAAAGACAUGCUGAUAAAAAGCCACAUUUUAUAAUGUACUUAUCUACUCCUCCCCUCAUAAUGGAUUUACACACAGGUUGAUAAAACAUGUUUUACCAGUGCCUUCUAUACAGUAGUUACAGAAAUGCAUUUCUGUAGAUGAGGGUCUGAGUCUCAAUUUCACUGAUGUUAUGUAAUUUCACAGGGGCAUUAUGGGAUCCCUUUUACUAUGUUGUUAAUGGAAUAGUUCAGUUUAUUUGAGAUAAGAUAGAUAGCUCUCUCAUGUCUCUGCAUUCAGUACGGAGCUUGAUACAGGAGGUUAAUAGCCUAGCUUAGCAUGAAGUCUGGAAGAUGAGAGAAAGUGUUUAUUUUGACAUUUAACAAAACCACAAAUUGUCACGUUACAUUUCUGUCUGUGUGCAGGUUAAAAAAAACAAGAUACAAUGUGUUAAUUUGUUAGCAAUAGGUGUGUUAGUGGAUGUAUUUUUGAGCUUUGGACAAAGCCAGGUUGGGCGUGAUUAGCCUAGCUUAGCGGCAAAAUUGAAAAGCAAUGGUAAAAAGCUAGCCUAGCUCUGUCUAAAGCUAAACAAAAUACACCUGCCUCACCAGCUGUGGCCAGACUAGCUUUUCCCCCUGCUACUAGUUUUCAUGCUAAGCUUGGAUAAUCACCUCCUGGCUCCAGCUCCAGACUCAACAUACAGACAUCAACAUUUUCCAAAAUGCCAACCUUUUCUUUGAGGCCUGUAUAUUUUUGUGAAUAUUGUAAAUACUCAAAAAUGUUAAGAGGCAGAGUGUGCAACUUCUGUUUUAGUGCUUCUGGAUUAGACCAGUGAUUUACCAGAGUGAGUUGUUAAUGAGUUAAUACCAUAUCUCAUUUUAAAAGUGAUAACAUAAGAAUCAAAGUCUC